CCCGGCGGCGGCUCGCGCCCCCAGCGCUCGCCAGGGCGCCUCGGAGCCCCCCUCGUUGGGCCUCUGCCCCCCCUCUCGUUGGGCCUCUGCCCAGGGGUCUCCGGCCGCGCGCGAGGCAAGAUGUUGAGGCGCAGCUUGGAAAACCGGGACGCUCAAACCAGACAACUGCAAGAUGCUGUCACAAACGUGGAGAAGCAUUUUGGAGAGCUGUGCCAAAUCUUUGCUGCUUAUGUGCGGAAAACUGCCAGACUGCGAGACAAAGCAGACCUCCUGGUGAAUGAAAUCAACGUGUAUGCCUCCACAGAGACCCCACAUUUAAAGCAGGGCCUGAAAAACUUUGCUGACGAGUUUGCCAAACUUCAGGAUUACCGCCAAGCAGAGGUUGAAAGACUUGAAGCCAAAGUAGUUGAACCUUUGAAAGCUUAUGGAACCAUUGUAAGAAUGAAACGAGAUGACCUCAAAGCAACAUUAACAGCAAGGAAUCGAGAAGCAAAACAGUUAACUCAGUUAGAAAGAACACGUCAGCGAAACCCAUCUGAUCGGCACGUUAUUUCACAGGCAGAAACCGAAUUACAGAGAGCUACGAUGGAUGCUACCCGAACGACCCGGCAUCUAGAGGAAACGAUUGACAAUUUUGAAAAGCAGAAAAUAAAGGAUAUAAAGACUAUAUUUUCAGAAUUUAUCACUAUCGAGAUGUUAUUUCACGGCAAAGCUUUAGAGGUCUACACUGCUGCCUACCAAAAUAUACAAAAGAUUGAUGAAGAAGAAGAUUUAGAGGUUUUCCGAAAUUCUCUGUAUCCACCAGAUUAUUCAUCUCGUUUAGAUAUUGUGAGAGCAAAUUCAAAGUCACCUCUUCAGAGAUCACUGUCCGCUAAGUGUGUAUCUGGAACAGGACAGGUAUCCACCUGUCGACUAAGGAGGGAUCAACAAACAGAUGAUGAUGAUGAAGAGGAUGAAGACUUAGAUGUUACAGAAGAAGAAAAUUAAUUUUCUUAAGUAAACUUUGCAUUUCCAUUUUCAUCUUAAAUGAUACGGAAUCCAGAAUUACUAAACUGUAAAACUUUAUACUGGCUUGAUACAUUUAACCUCAAAAUGAAAUCCUACUGGAAAUGGAAAAAUAAUUAAAGGAAAUUUAUGCUGACCAAAAAUGAAGGUUUUUUAAAAACAUUACAGUCAUUUCAACAUACUGUCUAGCAGCAUGUGAUCUUUUUGUAUAGGUUUCAUUAAAAAAAAUGUUAUGUAUUUAAAAAUUAUUUAUUAAUACACUCUACCUAGUUGAGGUUGCAAUAGUUAGGUAGAUUAAAAAAACAAAAGGUCUAACAAUUCCACUUGUUCCUUUUAGGUUGACACCAUGCUUGCAUCACCAGAAAAGGGUCCUAGACAGUUGUUCUGAUUAAAUACAAAUUCUAUUCCAUAAAGCUUUAAUCAAAAAGACAAGUUUCCUUUUUUUUUUCACCUUUCUUGUCACUUUUACUACAACCUAAAUUUUCAUUAUUUGAUACGUAAAUUUACUUUUCGACAAAAGUGUAAUCACUCUUGAAUAACAGUAACGGGACACUAGGAUGUCAGUGUUUAACACACACACACGCUCAAAGCAUAAAUUUUAGCUUUAAAAAGCUACAUUCAGCUUGAUUCUGGUUUUAAAACGAACCGUCGUCGCACUAACGCAUUAUACAUGGUAGUACAACUUUUGGAAAGCUGUAAUCUGGUGGACUGUUGCCCUAAAAAACAUCAUGGAAAAUCAUAAAUCAGUAAAAAUUCUAUACAAAUUUUACCAAACUACCAUCUAGUCAACAGAAGAGUAUAUAGUCACUCUUACUCCUGAAAAUAUAGAACAUUUAAUCAGAGCCUUUCAGCACAUCUGAUGCUUUUACUUCUUUGGGAUGGGGAACUGUACUUUUGUUAUUUUAUGGAUCCCAGUGAGGCAUAUAAAAGUUAGGAAAUUUAUAAAAUUAUUUGGGAUAACCACAAAAAGCAAUUAUUCAUAACAGAAAAAUAAAGACUUUCUAGAAAGCUUU